UCAUUUAACCAAUUUAAAGCAAUGGCAUCUUAUCAAACUACCGUUGACACUAAAGACAAUGAAUCUUGUUCGGUAAAGAAUUAUCAAGAGGAAGAAUGUCAGAAUGUAAUGGAAAUUCAAGAAAUGCACGUUCAAAAACCUAAAACAACUCCAAAUAAUUACUUUCCAAAAAAGUCUUUUAAUUCUCCCACGGACAGCAUUUUAUCUCCUUGUACUCGAAUGCUACAGGCAAAGAAAGCAAAAAAUUACGAAGGUGGUAAACCUGUAUUUCUUAGUGGAAUUUUCGCCAAAGUAUUGAGAGAAGAACAAUUAAAGAAGGCUCAAGAGGACGGAAAAGAUUGA